CGAAGUCUCUUCGAUAUAAAACUCUCUAUUUAACACCCGACGACCUUUUUCAUCUCUUUUCACAAUUCAGCUUCCAAUUUCUAAAACCUAGUAAUCAUCAAUUGUUCUCUCAAUCGUUGGUCAAGAUGCAAAUCUUCGUUAAGACUCUCACCGGAAAGACAAUCACCCUCGAGGUGGAAAGCUCUGAUACAAUCGACAACGUCAAAGCCAAGAUCCAGGACAAGGAAGGUAUCCCUCCGGAUCAGCAAAGGCUUAUCUUUGCCGGUAAGCAGCUAGAAGACGGCAGGACCUUGGCUGACUACAACAUCCAGAAGGAAUCUACUCUUCACUUGGUCCUCAGGCUUCGUGGUGGUAUGCAGAUCUUCGUCAAGACUUUGACUGGAAAGACUAUCACUUUGGAGGUGGAGAGCUCUGACACCAUCGAUAAUGUCAAAGCUAAAAUCCAAGACAAGGAGGGUAUCCCACCGGACCAGCAGAGGUUGAUCUUCGCCGGUAAGCAACUUGAAGACGGCAGGACUUUGGCUGACUACAACAUUCAGAAGGAGUCUACUCUUCACUUGGUCUUGCGUCUCCGUGGUGGUAUGCAGAUUUUCGUGAAGACUUUGACCGGGAAGACCAUCACACUGGAGGUUGAGAGCUCCGACACCAUUGACAAUGUGAAGGCUAAGAUCCAGGACAAGGAAGGUAUCCCUCCGGACCAGCAGCGUCUCAUCUUCGCUGGAAAGCAGCUCGAGGAUGGUCGCACUUUGGCUGACUACAACAUUCAGAAGGAAUCGACCCUUCACUUGGUCCUCCGUCUCCGUGGUGGUUUUUAAUCUCUGUUGUGGUUACUUGUAAGUUUCUUUUACAACUUGUGCUAUGGGGCCUUGUAAAGCCCCCAAUGAAAUAAUUCGAUGAACUAUGUUGUGUCUUUUCUUUUAUUUCUCUUUCGUAUUAUGAUUGGAACUAAUAUCAUUCAGUUCUCUUUA